AUGAAGGAAAAGCUGAAUUCAAAGUUUAAUGAUGCGAUGACAAAGUUCCCAGAAAAGGAAAGUUUUAGAAUUUUCAAAGAAAAGAUGACAAAUAUGAUUGUUGAAGAAAAAACUGAAAGCUCAACACUUUUUAAUUUUCCAAGUAAUGAAACUGGAGUUGAAGGAAUCAAUUUGACACCAAUAAUGGGUCAAAAAACAAAUGAUCAAAAAGAAAAUGAAGAUAAAGAGGGAAAUGGUGAAGAAGACGGUGAUAAUGAUGCAAGUCAACCAGAAGUAGAUUAUUUGCUUGACUCAAAUGAAGCAGAGAAUGAAGGAAUAAAGAAUGAUGCAGAUAAGAAUAAAAAAGAAGGUGAAAUUGGAGUAAAAGAGAAAGAUGGAAAGAGGAAUGAAAAUGAGAAUGAUGAAGAGGAAAAAGAUGAUCAUGCUGAGGAAACAAACAAUUAUGAAAAGAGUAUUCAACAAACUGAAAAUGAAAAUUUGUUGGAUAAAGUUGUUGACAACAUUGUGGAUAAUGUCAUUGGAGUUGGAAUUUCAAGUUUAAAUAGUCAAGAAAAUGAAAUCUGGAAUGAUCCUGAAAUGAAAACUAUUUUGGAUAAUAUUGAUAUAGGGUCACCAAUGAGUAGAAAUACUCUUGCAGAAAAGGAAAAAUCAGAAGUUGAAAAAACAAAGGCAGAUGAUACUCUUGCGGAAAAGGAAAAAUCAAUAGGAAAGAAAAAGUCAGAAAAUGAAAACAAUGAAGGACAAAAAGAUGACAAGACAAAAGCAAAUGAAGGAGAUACUCAUCCAAGUUUCAGUCUAGGUCUCAGUCAAGAUUCAAAUCAAACUUCAAGUAAAAAAUCUAAUGAAUCUUCACCAAAAAAAGAACUUACAAAGAAACAAUUAAAAGACCACCAUCAGAAAGUUGUUAUCAUAUUAGCAAACAAAAACAUUCUUAAUCCAAAACCAAUCUCUAUAGCAAUUCCUACUGACAUCAAUCAUGAUCUGGAUGAACCAAGAGAGAAGAAGCUUGCCGAUGCUUUCAAAUCACCUUUUAAAUGCAGAAUAAUAGACACAAAACUUAAACUGACACAUCAGGAGAGUAUUGUUUGUGAGUGGUUGUUCAACUUGCAAGGGAAUACAUCAGAUGUGCUUGUCCAGACAAAAUAUGGUUAG